AUGAGGCACUUGAAUGAACUAGAAGAGCCCUCUGUGGGAAGGUCUCCAGUGUCAGCAGGGCUGGCUCAUGACCAGAAACUUCUCCUGACUUGGAGGAGACCCUCUGUGGUGGAAGCUAGCCUUCAGAAUGUGGGGAAUACCUGCUACAUGAAUGCAGCGCUGCAGUGUCUGACCCACACACCACCCCUGGCCAGCUCGAUGCUGUCCCAGCAACACUCGACAGUCUGUCCAAACCAGACCUUCUGCAUGUUGUGUGCUAUGCAAAAUCACAUUACCCGAGCCCUCCUUCAUCCUGAAGAGGUGAUCCAGCCCCAGAAGGGCCUGGUCAUUAGCUUCCACAGACACAAGCAGGAAGAUGCCCACGAGUUUCUCAUAUUCACUCUGGAUGCCAUGUGGCAAGCAUGCUUGAGUGCGCACGAGCUGUUAGGCCAUCCCUCCGGGGACACCACUCUCAUCCAUUGAACCGUUGGCGGGUCGUGGAGAUCUCAGAUCCAAUGUCUCCACUGCCUCGGGGUUUUGGACACUCUCAACCCUUACCCGGACAUCACCCUGGAUAUCACAGCAGCUCAGAGUGUGGUGCAAGCUUUGAACAAGUUGGUGAAGCCCGAUAAGCUGGAUGGCAAAAAUGCCUAUCAUUGCAGUGUUUGUCUCAAGAAGGUGCCUGCCACCAAGAUGCUUGGUGGGGGCGCCCUGGUGGCAUAG